CUCUCUUCACAAUAAUUUCUACACUUUUUUCCCCUUUGAUUCUUCCGAAUUUUGGGACAUCCGUUGGAAAGCCACUUUCCACGUCGGCUGUGUUGUCCAAGCCUCCGAAGUCUCCAUCCGUGAAUUUUAGCGUCCGCGCGGCAUCGAUCGGGUUGCCCCGUUGAUUGCCCUCGCCGUCGUUUUUACAACCUUCGGAUAAACAAUUGCAUUCCACCACCUUCUGACGCUGUUAACGAUCUGAUCUCUCUCUCUUCCUCUUUUUUUUUAUAAAAAAAAAAAAAAAAAGGAAACCCACCGCCCCUUUUAUUCCAAUCACCAUCUGUCAACUCUUACUUUACGAUAUACUAUCAGUCACGAAGUACCUCCUGUCUUUAUCUUCGUCAGCGAUUUCUCAGCCCGCUUCCUCAAGGAAGCCCUCUUCUUCGUCAGGCAUCCUUCGUAUCCCCUCCCCUCUUAUUCUGUGAUCAUGAAACUAGCACGGCCUUCGAUCAAUCCCGGACGCACGAAAAACAUCCUUCAUGGUGUUCAGGGUUUCAUUAUCUUUCUAGCAUGGGCUUGCACCAUUGCCGUGUUCACCAAGGGUGGUGGUAUUGAUGGCCGAUCAGCGUGGUACUGGGCUCUGUGUUGGUUCAGCAUUCCCGGCCUAAUCUAUCUCGUCGCAGUGCCAAUGUGGCCGCGCGCACGACGUUUCGGAAAUGUAUAUGCCUUUGCAACCGUCGACUGUCUGUUUGCUCUGCUAUGGUUUACGGCGUGGGUCUGUGUCGCCAGCUAUGUAGCGCAAGGAAAAUCAGAGGGCAAGAGCGAUAGCGACAAGGACAAGGACAAGGACAAGAAUAACAACAAGACUGGCUGCGAUAACUGGAAGUACGGCAGCGCUAGCAAAUGCAAGAUCAGCACGGCCACCUGCAUUAUGGGAGUUGUCGUCUUUUUGCUGUUUGUUGUGACCGCAUUUAUGUCCUUCCGCAAUGUGAUGCAUUUCCGCCGGACCGGAACCCUGCCCGAUGCUGUCUCCGACCCUACAUUCGCCGCGCAGAGCAAGGCCGCUUUCUCAUCGAAUCCGGCCCACGACUUCGACGAAGAGGAUGAUUUCCGGUCUGGCCGAGCCGGCGGAAUGGGCUCUUCCAUCCAUAACAACCAGGAUGAGGACUACGCUCUCCUGCACCAGAGCGAGGUCGAUGAGUUCGGAAACCCGAACGGGCGCUCCGCCAUGCAUGGCGCCUACGAUCCCACCGCUUCCAACGCCGGAGGAAGCGUCCUUCAUGACUACAACACCACCACCAGCUACGGCGGUGCGCAUGGGCAACACUACGCCCCGCCCUCGGAAUGGGGCUCCAGUGUUAGCGGCUACGGACGUUGAUACACUCUUCUCUCUAGAAAACUCUCACUCUUGUACCUCAAAUAACCAUGGAGCGGUGUUACGGCGCAAUUUCCGUGCUGUCUUGUCUUUGAUUCUGGAGGUGUUUUGAUACAGAUGUUCUACAUGCGACGGAUUCCUUGUCCGGGCGAUGAUUGUAUGCUGUGAUUGGAAAUUAAGACCCGGGCAGGCCGCAUGUUCACUGAUGAUUUUGACGAUAUUCUGUUUUGUUAUAAAGUUCUCAGCCACUUGGAAGAUAGCAUAUUUGAAUUCUAUUUUAGUACUUCUCCGUUACAAACUGAACAAUAUCCCCAGUCCUCAAAUUUUAUAAAAAAGAAAAACUUUUUCUAUUUUCUUGUUUCACCUCAACGGCUACACAGUGCCUGGAAUAACAUACGCAGCCAAUGAGCA